AUGGAAACAUCAUUUAUACCAAAAGAAUUAAUUGGAAAAGAUAUUUACAAAAUAUUAGGUUUAACUAUAAAUGAUUCAACUAAAGAAAAUAUAAAAAAUAUUAUUAGAAAAAAAUAUUUGAAAUGUGCUUUAAUACUACACCCAGAUAAAAAAGAUUUUAAUUUUAAAGUAGAAGAGAAAGAUAAAUAUGCAGAAAACUUUAAUAUCUUAAAAAGUGCUUAUGAAUUUUUAAUGAAUGAAAAACUAAGAAAAAAAUAUAAUUUAUAUGUACAAAAGAAAAUAAAAAAAAACACACCCAUAAAUAAUACUAGCUUAAAUAGAUAUCUAGAUAAAAAAAAAUUUGUAACUUAUCAAAAUCAAAAGUUAUUUUACAAAAAAAAACUCGAAGAAAAAGAAAAGUUAAAAUGUACUCCCAGUAAUAAUGAAAAGGAACAACAUAAUUUAAACAAAGAAAUUGAUUUAAAAAAAAUUAAAAAACAAAAUGAAGAAUUUAUGAAAAAAAGUAUACAAGAAAAUAUUAAAAAGAAAAAAUAUAUCCAUGAUAAUAAUAAAUUAAUUGAAAUUUAUUUGGAUGAUUAUGAUAACAAUAUUAAUUUACUAAAGUUAUAUAUUAAAAAAAAAUAUUUUUUAAACUUUUUUAUUAACUUUAAUUUUCUAAAAUAUUAUCUUAAUUUAAAUGAUGAAGAAAAAGAAAAUAAAAGAAAAGUUGGUUAUAUAAUAUUUAGUCAUCGUUUUGAAACAAUUAGGGCAUUUAUAUAUUAUAAAAAGAAUUUAGAUAAAAUUAAUAAUAAUUUUAAAUUAAAAUUAUUAAUACCAUGUAAUGAAGAUAAAGAAAUGUAUGAUGAAAAAAUACAAGAGUCAGAAAACAUUGAUGAAAUGAUGAAUGAAAUGGUGGAUGAAUUAGAUAAAAUUUUUUCAACUGGAAUUGAUAAUAUAUAA